UUCCAUUUCUUUACCACUUCGUCUGAAGCCACGGGAAGAAGAGCAUCUCAAGACGCAAAGCGCGGCAGAAUCUAGACAUAAAAAUGGCGAUCAAAAUGGCGGAGAACAUCCAGGCUCUGUUUGAGAAGUACGACGAGAACAAGGACGGGUCCAUCUCGGCCCAGGAGCUGCUGAACGUGGUGAGGGACAUGGGACUGCCAUGGACCAACAAACUCGUACAUGCUAUGAUCAGGGAGCGCCAGCUCAACGCGGAUAAAAAGAUGGAUUUGUACGACUUCCCUGGAGUUGUGAACGCCCUUAAGGGAAUAAAAAAGUCCCUAAACAAUCCACGAGAAAGCCAGGAGGCCAUGGUGGCGACGUUCAACAGGAUUGACAAGAACGGAGAUGGCUUCCUGAGCAGUGACGAGUUGAGGGAAGGCAUGUCCAGCAUCGUCGGCAUGGAGCUGUCGAGCGAGGCCGUGGAUGAGUUAGUCCGAGUCGCCGAUAACAACAUGGACGGCCAAGUCAGCAUCGACGAGUUCGUCAGGAUGGUCACGAGUUUCUUCUGAUGCGUCGCCAUGGUGACACACUAUAUAAGGCAAUAUUGGUAUCCACAAGUGAAGCACGGUCCUCAUUGGUUAGAAGUAAUAGACGAAUCCCAUAGCCCCACCCACCCCCAUUAAAACGUAUUUCUAUAUCUGCUAGCGCUGCAUUUAUUUACCAAUUAUACGUAGCAUCAUUCCGUGGAAUUUUUUUUGAUUCAGUUGCUUAUGUCUAGCUGUUUCUAGAAACAUUCUUACAACAUGAGCUUGUUUUUAAAUAAAACGAACUUUGAUCCCAUUGAA